AUAGACAUUGCAUUUGAAACAUCACAAACUGCUACAUCAGAGCCACCAUCAACUUCUCCUUUUGAAUCAACUACAAGCAUGGCAUUGGAAACAUCAACAGGUGCUACAUCAGUGCCAUCAUCAACUUCUCCUUUAGGAUCAACUACUAGCAUUGCAAUGGAAAGAACACCAACUUCUACAUUAGAGCCAUCAUCAACUUCUCCUUUCAAAUCAACUUCAGGCCUGGCAUUGGAAACAUCAACAGCCAUGACAUCAGAGCCAUCAUCAACAAUUUCUUUCGAAUCAACUACAGGCAUGGCAUUUGAAACAUCAACAGCUGCUACAUCAAUGCCAUUAUCAACUUCCCCCUCAGAAUCAACAACUAGCAUUGCAUUUGAAACAUCACCAACUGCUACAUCAGAGCCACCAUCAACUUCUCCUUUUGAAUCAACUACAAGCAUGGCAUUGGAAACAUCAACAGGUGCUACAUCAGUGCCAUUAUCAACUUCUCCUUCAGAAUCAACAACUCGCAUUGUAAUGGAAACAACACCAACUGCUACAUCAGAGCCACCAUCAACUUCAUCUUUUAAAUCAACUACAGGAAUUACAUUGGAAACAUCAACAAGUGCUACAUCAGUGCCAUCAUCAACUUCCCCCUCAGAAUCAACAACUAGCAUUACAUUUGAAACAUCACAAACUGCUACGUCAGUGCCACCAUCAACUUCUCCUUUUGAAUCAACUACAAGCAUGGCAUUGGAAACAUCAACAAGUGCUACAUUAGUGCCAUCAUCAACUUCUCCUUUAGGAUCAACUACUAGCAUUGCAAUGGAAAGAACACCAACUUCUACAUUAGAGCCAUCAUCAACUUCUCCUUUCAAAUCAACUUCAGGCAUGGCAUUGGAAACAUCAACAGCCAUGACAUCAGAGCCAUCAUCAACAAUUUCUUUCGAAUCAACUACAGGCAUGGCAUUUGAAACAUCAACAGCUGCUACAUCAAUGCCAUUAUCAACUUCCCCCUCAGAAUCAACAACUAGCAUUGCAUUUGAAACAUCACCAACUGCUACAUCAGAGCCACCAUCAACUUCUCUUUUUGAAUCAACUACAAGCAUGGCAUUGAAAACAUCAACAGGUGCUACAUCAGUGCCAUUAUCAACUUCUCCUUCAGAAUCAACAACUCGCAUUGUAAUGGAAACAACACCAACUGCUACAUCAGAGCCACCAUCAACUUUAUUUUCCGAAUUAACCACAGGAAUUACAUUGGAAACAUCAACAGGUCCUACAUCAGUGCCAUCAUCAACUUCUCCUUUCAAAUCAACUACAAGCAUUGCAUUUGAAACAUCACAAACUGCUACGUCAGGGCCACCAUCAACUUCUCCUUUUGAAUCAACUACAAGCAUGGCAUUGGAAACAUCAAGUGCUACAUUAGUGCCAACAUCAACUUCUCCUUUAGGAUCAACUACUAGCAUUGCAAUGGAAAGAACACCAACUUCUACAUUAGAGCCAUCAUCAACUUCUUCUUUCAAAUCAACUUCAGGCAUGGCAUUGGAAACAUCAACAGCCAUGACAUCAGAGCCAUCAUCAACAAUUUCUUUCGAAUCAACUACAGGCAUGGCAUUUGAAACAUCAACAGCUGCUACAUCAAUGCCAUUAUCAACUUCCCCCUCAGAAUCAACAACUAGCAUUGCAUUUGAAACAUCACCAACUGCUACAUCAGAGCCACCAUCAACUUCUCCUUUUAAAUCAACUACAAGCAUGGCAUUGGAAACAUCAACAGGUGCUACAUCAGUGCCAUUAUCAACUUCUCUUUCAGAAUCAACAACUCGCAUUAUAAUGGAAACAACACCAACUGCUACAUCAGAGCCACCAUCAACUUCAUCUUUUAAAUCAACUACAGGAAUUACAUUGGAAACAUCAACAAGUGCUACAUCAGUGCCAUCAUCAACUUCCCCCUCAGAAUCAACAACUAGCAUUGCAUUUGAAACAUCACAAACUGCUACAUCAAAACCAACAUUAACUUCUCAUUUUGAAUCAACUCCUAGCAUUACAGUGGAAACAUCAUCAACUUCUCCAUCAGAGCCACCAUCAACUUCAUCUUUCGAAUUAACAUUGGAAACCUCACCAACUGCUACAUCAGUGGCAUCAUCAACUUCUCCUUUCGAAUCUACUACUAGCAUUGUAAUGGAAACAUCAACAAGUGCUACAUCAGUGCCAUCAUCAACUUCCCCCUCAGAAUCAACAACUAGCAUUGCAUUUGAAACAUCACAAACUGCUACGUCAGUGCCACCAUCAACUUCUCCUUUUGAAUCAACUACAAGCAUGGCAUUGGAAACAUCAACAAGUGCUACAUUAGUGCCAUCAUCAACUUCUCCUUUAGGAUCAACUACUAGCAUUGCAAUGGAAAGAACACCAACUUCUACAUUAGAGCCAUCAUCAACUUCUCCUUUCAAAUUAACUUCAGGCAUGGCAUUGGAAACAUCAACAGCCAUGACAUCAGAGCCAUCAUCAACAAUUUCUUUCGAAUCAACUACAGGCAUGGCAUUUGAAACAUCAACAGCUGCUACAUCAAUGCCAUUAUCAACUUCCCCCUCAGAAUCAACAACUAGCAUUGCAUUUGAAACAUCACCAACUGCUACAUCAGAGCCACCAUCAACUUCUCUUUUUGAAUCAACCUCAAGCAUGGCAUUGAAAACAUCAACAGGUGCUACAUCAGUGCCAUUAUCAACUUCUCCUUCAGAAUCAACAACUCGCAUUGUAAUGGAAACAACACCAACUGCUACAUCAGAGCCACCAUCAACUUUAUUUUCCGAAUUAACCACAGGAAUUACAUUGGAAACAUCAACAGGUCCUACAUCAGUGCCAUCAUCAACUUCUCCUUUCAAAUCAACUACAAGCAUUGCAUUUGAAACAUCACAAACUGCUACGUCAGGGCCACCAUCAACUUCUCCUUUUGAAUCAACUACAAGCAUGGCAUUGGAAACAUCAAGUGCUACAUUAGUGCCAACAUCAACUUCUCCUUUAGGAUCAACUACUAGCAUUGCAAUGGAAAGAACACCAACUUCUACAUUAGAGCCAUCAUCAACUUCUUCUUUCAAAUCAACUUCAGGCAUGGCAUUGGAAACAUCAACAGCCAUGACAUCAGUGCCAUCAUCAACAAUUUCUUUCGAAUCAACUACAGGCAUGGCAUUUAAAACAUCAACAGCUGCUACAUCAAUGCCAUUAUCAACUUCCCCCUCAGAAUCAACAACUAGCAUUGCAUUUGAAACAUCACCAACUGCUACAUCAGAGCCACCAUCAACUUCUCCUUUUGAAUCAACUACAAGCAUGGCAUUGGAAACAUCAACAGGUGCUACAUCAGUGCCAUUAUCAACUUCUCCUUCAGAAUCAACAACUCGCAUUGUAAUGGAAACAACACCAACUGCUACAUCAGAGCCACCAUCAACUUCAUCUUUUAAAUCAACUACAGGAAUUACAUUGGAAACAUCAACAAGUGCUACAUCAGUGCCAUCAUCAACUUCCCCCUCAGAAUCAACAACUAGCAUUGCAUUUGAAACAUCACAAACUGCUACAUCAAAACCAACAUUAACUUCUCAUUUUGAAUCAACUCCUAGCAUUACAGUGGAAACAUCAUCAACUUCUCCAUCAGAGCCACCAUCAACUUCAUCUUUCGAAUUAACAUUGGAAACCUCACCAACUGCUACAUCAGUGGCAUCAUCAACUUCUCCUUUCGAAUCAACUACUAGCAUUGUAAUGGAAACAUCAACAAGUGCUACAUCAGUGCCACCAUCAACUUCAUUUUUUGCAUCAACUACUAGCAUUGUAAUGGAAACAACAACUGCUACAUCAGUGCCAUCAUCAACUUUCCCUUCAGAAUCAACUACCAGCAUUACAGUGGAAACAUCGACAACUUCUACAUCAGAGCCACCAUCAACUUCUCCUUUAGGAUCAACUACUAGCAUUGCAAUGGAAAGAACACCAACUUCUACAUUAGAGCCAUCAUCAACUUCUCCUUUCAAAUCAACUUCAAGCAUGGCAUUGGAAACAUCAACAGCCAUGACAUCAGAGCCAUCAUCAACAAUUUCUUUCAAAUCAACUACAGGCAUCAUCUUGAAAUCAACAACAGAUGAAUCCCCCGCAACGACUGCAGUUGACAUAAGGAAUAUUAGCUUUACAACUAAUGAACCAUUUGAUGUUGCCCUUUUAAACCAAUCUUCACCAGCAUUUAAUGACCGAGCAAACCUUGUCAAUAAAAAGCUUGAACCAAUCUUAAGGGCAGCAUUUAACAACUUUAAUAGCCUCAUAGUGAUUCGUUGCAGGUCUGGAUCAACCAUCACAGAUAUGAAUUUGAAUUUCACAUAUAACCAGAGUCUUCCCAGUAAUGAUAGAAUCAUUGAAACAAUAUGGACGGCACCUACAGGUUUUAAUAUGACAAAUGUUUUUGUAACUACCUUUAAUAGUACAACUCCUGCUCCAACCACCCCCUCAACUACAGCAAAGCUACUUACUACUACUGUUCCCAUCAGCACAAAACCACCAACAAUGACAACUGAACUACUGCAACCAACAAACAAAACUUUAACAUCCUCCACAACCACUAAUACCACCAAUACACAACAAACAAAUAAACCACCAACAACCGCCACAACCACAACGCAACAACCAGUGAUUCCCACAACAAACACCACCAAAAUGCAAACAACAACUACUUUCACCUCUACAAAUAAACUACCAAAUCCCACCAACAGCACCACUAAAACACAACAACAAACAACCAUAAAAAUGGCAACAACCACAUUGACUACACCACAACCAAGAACCACCACUAAAAAUACAAUGCCACAACCAACAAUCCUCACAACAACAACCAACACCAAACUACCAAAACAAACAACCACUACUUAUACCACAACAAAAGAACAACCAACUCUCACCAACAGAACCACCAAUACACAACAAACAACCAUAAAAACACCAACAACCAAACUGACAACACCACAACCAAGAACUCCCACUACAACCACAAUGCUACAACCAACAAUAUCCACAGCAACCACUACCAAACCACCAACCACUAAUUCUACCACAACAAAAGAACAACCAACUCUCACCAACAGCACCACCAAUACACAACAAACAACCAUAAAAACACCAACAACCAAACUGACAACACCACAACCAAGAACUCCCACUACAACCACAAUGCUACAACCAACAAUAUCCACAGCAACCACUACCAAACCACCAACCACUAAUUCUACCACAACAAAAGAACAACCAACUCUUACCAACAGCACCACCAAUACACAACAAACAACCAUAAAAACACCAACAACCAAACUGACAACACCACAACCAAGAACUCACACUACAACCACAAUGCUACAACCAACAAUAUCCACAGCAACCACUACCAAACCACCAACCACUAAUUCUACCACAACAAAAGAACAACCAACUCUCACCAACAGCACCACCAAUACACAACAAACAACCAUAAAAACACCAACAACCAAACUGACAACACCACAACCAAGAACUCCCACUACAACCACAAUGCUACAACCAACAAUAUCCACAGCAACCAUAAAAACACCAACAACCAAACUGACAACACCACAACCAAAAAACCCCACUACAACCACAAUGCCACAACCAACAAUAUCCACAGCAACCUCCACCAAACCACCUAGACAAACAACCACUAUUUUUACCACUACAAAACAGGGGCCAGCUACCACCAGUAACACCACCAGGACCCUUAUUACCAUCAGAACCCCACAACCAACAGCUACUAGUACCAACAAAACACUAACAACAACAACCAAUACCACAACAGCACGGCUGACAACAAAAUUAACAACCAUUACCUCUCUCUUACCACAACUAAAAACUACAAAAACACUAUCCACCAUCAUAACACCACGACCAGCAUAUACCACUACCACCACCAAAACACUACAACCAACAAACACAAAAACAACAACCACCACAACAACAGCUGGACUAACAACCACUACUGCUACCACUACAACACUGCGACCAACAACAACGAGAAGUACGACAACAUCCACAACAACAACAGCAGCAACAACAACCAUCGCACUAACUUAUCCACCGCCAACUUUUGAGAUAGUUGUUGGUUUCAAGUAUCCCUAUAUUGAACAGCUUAGUGAUCGUAACAGUAAGGAAUUCAAAGGAUUGGCUGCCAUGGUGGUUGCAGUGUUGAAUCAAAUUUUUUCAGCGAAGUAUGGCUCUUUAUUCAUACGGACCACUGUCCUCGCCUUCAUCCCCACAACUAAACGUAUAGAUCAAAAUACUGAAGCAAGCGUCGAGAUAUUAUUCAAUGAGAACUCGACAAGUCCCAUACCAACUGGUACAGAAGUAGUGGACACACUGAAAUAUGUUGCGGAAUAUAACAAUACUUACAUGGUCCAACUGGAUGUAGCUACAAUCUCUCUCAUCAAUGAGCCAUACCAUAUCCCUGUGAGGUUCCGAACAAAUGGAACUUUUGUAGGACUUCUUUCAAAUCCACUUUCUGAUUUAUUUACAAACAGAUCAAUCAUGAUUAAAAAUGGACUUACCCCUUUUUUCAGAGAAGACUUCCCUACUUCAUUCAACAUGUUAGGCAUGACAAACUACAGCAAUGGAGGUAUUUUCGCAAAUUCUGAUUCAAUUCUGAGCUUCAUGGAUUUGGCUUUUGCCAGCUCUGCUGGACUUCCUAACGUCACCCAAAUUGGGAACACUAUGCUAAGAGCUGCCAGAAAUGACAGCCUUCCCUUCAAGAUCUUCAUCAAUGAUAUCAUAGUAAACGGCACCGUAAUAUCAUCGAGCGACAUCAGCAGCAAGAUCAACGUGUCCAUGGCGUGCUUCCUGGUUGCUGUCUCACUUCUGAUGUCAUGGUUCAGCUGAUAUUAAAACAACAUCCAUUUAGAGCAAGAACCAUCGCCAGGUUUUGCACACCAAUUAAAUUAAUGAACACAUACAAAUAUGUAUAGAUAGUUUUAUUUAGUAUACUCUGAAUGCAUAAAAUACACAAUAAUCAUUUGUACUAGCACACUUGUAUGAUACGGUUUGGUUAGUACUUAGAGCUUUAGUUAUUAAGAAGUUCUAUAAAAGUUGGUGAUGGGCACUUUGUAAAUGAGUCGUUGUUUUAGAAUAAAUACAAGAAUGAAGGAAUUUCUUUGCCAUGCGAAACAUGGUAAAAUUUUUACUAUAGAUAAAAUAUGUUUUUUUCCCACAUUGUAUUAAAUUAUGAUUUAAUUUAAAUUAAGCAAGAAUAGAUUCAUUAUCUGUCUAUCAGUGUUCACUCUGGCCUGCUUCUCAACAAUUUUGUGUACCAAAGAUGUGUAUAUUCACAUGUUAUGCAAUUUACUAUGGGAAGUAAUGGACAUAAUAUUUGUUAUAUUUAAUGAUUUAAACUUGUGCACUUUACAAUUUUUUGUUCAUUUAAUCUACUUCAAUGCACUCAUCACUAUGUAUUUAUUUACUGCAGUGGGUAUGUAGACCUUUAGUCUAUAUACAUUUAUUGAGAUAUUUUAAUAUAUUCAUCUGUGUGUUAUAAUAUGGUUGUAUUCACUAUAGAAUGUUAUAUUUAUAAUGGCACAACUUAACUUCUAAUAAACUCU